CGGAGACGCUAGUGCAGGCAGCACGCUAAACCGCAGACAGCAUCCCCGCCUUUUGCACGCGAGAAGCGCCAACCGGGCAGAUCUAACCGGCUUGGGUGCUCCUGCCUCGCUUAUGCUGAUUGCGCAGAGCAGUACUCCUCGUUCUUCUACUGCCUUCAUCCCCGACCCUGGGGCUAUUCAAUUCAAUCUACUCCGUACCCCAUCGGAGACUUUCAACUACCUCCUUCCGCCCCGUCAUCUCAGCACGCCCGGGCAGUGCAGCGCCUAAAACCCCCCGAUAUUCCACUGCGACACACCCUCACUACUUAAAGAUUGCACAACACCUCGCUUCUCAACCUACUCAUCUCGUUGACAUCACACACACCCUAAACCUUGUGUUGAUCCAGUUUCUAUUAUCCAAUUAAUCCACUCCGUUAGCGCCUCAUACCACCCUGAGUAGCACCAUCCCAGGUGCCGCUCUCGGUGGAGGAUUCACGACAUUGCGUGACCAAUCUAUCAACGCGUUACUGACCGGGUUGCGUUCAUCCCGUCUCACGAGACACUCCUACUCACGUUGAACUAAAUUGCUUUGGGUAUCGCAAUUGCAGCCAUGUUGUAAGAAUCGCCCCGUCUCGGCCUGCCCAUCCGUGCCCGCUCCCCUUCUAUUUGUUGGUCUGUCACUGGUUGUCCGGGGGUUGUUAAAUGCGUCGGUCGGCUGUGAUCUCCCUGGUUCCUCAGAAAUUAACCCCGGACCAUACUUUCAAUGACGGCAUUGUUGCGACUUUGUCUCGUGGCUGACCGUUGACCCAGCGUCCUUCCCCCGCCUCCGCCGCGCUACACCGUUCCAGUUGCCUACGCAGCUGGAGCGUCGAAUGGCAUGGCGGUUCCGGUGGUCGAAACCAACAAUAUAAUCAGCAACCCAGAGGGUGGAUGUCCGUUGCAGGUCGGAGAAGGUGCGCUUUCAUUUCCUCGAUUUCCUCCCAUACCGUUCGCAGAUGAAGACCCGUGUCGAUGACCGCGCUAACGUCGACUGUUGCGACAGGCACCUAUCACCUUCAGGAUAACCUGCAUCUUGCGACACCCCCUCCACAUCCUUCCGAAGCUCCGAUCAUGAGCCCUAAUCCCCUCGCAACGGUUCCCACUCCUCCCACAACGGGCGUCAAGUUGUCGCUGGUCAGUCUUGGUUCUCGAAACAAGACACCCGUUUUCUCCUUGAAGGACGGCAUCACGGCGCCCGCGUUUGGAGACGGCAAUCCCGCGCUAGUGGCACCGGUCACGAAGGAAGGCGUCAAGAGGCGCAAGCCGAAGAACAACAUCAUCAAGAGUAACUCCUCGUUUGUCUCGCGAGUCAUUACCCACGAGGCAACGACGAAACGGCUAAAUGACCGAAACCCGGACGGAUUGUUUGCGUUCGCCAAUAUCAAUCGCGCGUUCCAGUGGCUAGAUUUGAGUUCGAAGCAAAAGGACGAACCGCUGUCCAAGAUCUUAUUUACUCGGGCGCACAUGUUGAGUCAUGAUGUGAACGAGUUGACAAAGAGCACGUCGCACAUUGACGUUGUCAUGGGUUCGUCGUCAGGCGACAUCAUCUGGUACGAGCCGAUCUCGCAAAAAUACGCCCGAAUCAACAAGAACGGGGUGGUGAGCAACUCCCCGGUGACGCAUAUCAAAUGGAUUCCCGGAUCGGAAAACCUGUUCAUGGCGGCGCAUGCGAAUGGACAACUGGUGGUUUAUGAUAAGGAGAAGGAGGAUGCUUUGUUCACACCCGAGCUGAGCAGUCCGUCGGUAGAGGCUAUAAAAUCCUGUGGUCGGCAGCCGCUACAGAUUCUGAAAUCGGUCAACUCAAGAAAUCAGAAAACGAACCCGGUCGCUUUGUGGAAGAUCGCCAACCACAGGGUCUGCCAGUUCGCAUUUUCUCCCGACCAACGUCAUCUCGCUAUCGUUUUGGAGGACGGGUCCCUGCGGGUGAUGGACUAUUUGAAAGAAGAAGCACUGGAUAUCUUCCGCAGCUAUUAUGGUGGACUGAUUUCCGUCUGCUGGUCACCUGAUGGCAAAUACAUCGUCACGGGCGGCCAGGAUGAUCUAGUGACGAUAUGGUCUUUCCCCGAACGCAAGAUUGUCGCUCGAUGCCAAGGUCACAAUUCCUGGGUCUCGGCUGUAGCAUUUGAUCCUUGGCGCUGUGACGAACGGACAUACCGAUUUGGGAGUGUUGGAGACGAUUGCAGGUUGCUGCUAUGGGAUUUCAGCGUUGGCAUGCUGCAUCGACCAAGAGCGCUACAAGCCAGCGCCCGCCAUCGAACUAGUAUUCUCCCCUCCAAUUCUCAACACGCCAAUCGUCACCGCGCCGACAGCGCAGGGAAUCGCGUACGAUCGGAUUCGCAACGCACCGCUGGCAUCGACAGCACCUAUGACCAGACCGUCCGUCAUCCUGUUGAACCGAGGGCACGGACUGCUCUCCUACCACCUAUCAUGUCCAAGAUCGUCGGAGAUGACCCUAUCUCCUGGUUAGGAUUCCAAGAAGAUUCCAUCAUGACCUCUUCCCUAGAAGGACACAUUCGUACCUGGGACCGGCCUCGAGAAGGCAUCAAUGAUAAUUACAAUGGUUACACCUCUUCGCCAGCCGUCAGUGCCAGCGCUGCCGCCUCCGGCUCAGGCUCCGGCUUCGCUGAUUCGGCGAUGGGAUCGCUCUAACUUGCAACUGUCUAAGUAACCAGGAUGGUUUGUGGUAGGGUGUGUGGUUAGGUUACUUUCCUUUCUUUUGACUUGUUUUCCCGUCCCCCUUUGUGGAUUGUUGUUUGUUCACGGCUUGUAAAUAUGUACCUUCUUUUGUACCUUAAUUCAUAUACCCAUUUGCACAUGCCUUUUUUUUUCUUGCCCAUGUAGAUUGUAAAACUCAUUGUAUAUUCUAGCUAGUUCCAGCGGCGGCGGUAU